AUGCGGCCAUCGCUUGCGAGCACGAGGCGGCAGAGCUGGCGGGACAAGAAAGAUGGCAUCAGCGUUGCCUCACGUGGUGACUCGCCCGCGUCCUGUCUUGCCUAUUUGAGAGGAUUGCAACUUUCGUUGUACGUUUUUGUCAUUGGCAAAGCGAUAGCAACGUCGCAGCUUCUGCGAAGAUGGCUAUUUCAUGUUCCGAGUGGUCUCCAUCUUGUUAACAACUACCCUUAUGACAGCAAUACCAACACGUUCGUCGUGUUUCCCUUUUAUUCACGACGAUCCAGGACAUCAGCAGUGAUCAUUGGUUUGCUCGGGGUAGCGGCACAGCAGGUAAAGUUGGAUGUAUCGGAGUUGAAGCAUACGGGUCCCGGGCCACAGUACGUUGGUGAAGAGAAGGACCCAGAUUUGGUGCUGUCAAAUGUCCUCAUCAAGGACCAGUUUGGGG